AUGGAUCCAAGUCAGACUUCCAACUCGGCGGGUGGGAAGGUGGACGGCGUUGAGGUUCCUCUAAAGCGACGCGAGAGCUUCGCCUCUCAGAACUCGCAGACAGCCUCUGAUUUCAUCAACGAACAAUUGAGGCUGGAGGCAGAUGCACGCGAAGCCUUACCCUAUUCAUUUGAUAAUUGCACACGACCACUUGGGGCCCUGCGACAGAGCCUUUUUUCCUGCCUUACUUGCAACCCUCCUCCCGAAAACACGAAUUCCCCUUAUAACCCCGCUGGUGUCUGCUACUCCUGUUCGAUUUCGUGUCAUGGUGAGCACGAAUUGGUAGAACUCUUUACAAAACGCGAUUUUACUUGCGACUGUGGCACCAAACGGUUACCCUCGACAUCCCCCUGCACCUUGAGGGCAGACCCUGCUACUGGCGAGAAGGGCGUCCACUCGGAGGAUCCCACUACAGGUAAUAAGUACAAUCAGAACUUUAGAAACAGGUUCUGUGGCUGCGGCGACACAUAUGAUCCUGCUAAAGAGAAGGGGACCAUGUUUCAAUGUCUUGGUAUUGGCACAGUCGAAAAUGGUGGUUGUGGAGAAGACUGGUGGCAUCCUGAGUGCUUGCGAGGUCUGCCCCGUGUUGCAAGCACUGAUAAAGAAGAAGACGAGGACCCGCCUUUACCACCCGGAUUUCCAGAUGAAGAUGACUUUGAAACCUUUAUAUGUUAUAAAUGCCUGGAUUCCAAUCCGUGGAUAAAGCGGUAUGCAGGGACCCCAGGAUUCCUGCCUCCAGUGUACCUCGACGAGAAAAGGCCGAGUGGUUCACCGAAGGUGGUAGAAGAUACAGGAGUUAAUGCAACUGAGUCAGUGGCAACCCCGUGCAAAAAGCGAACAUUUGAAGAUGAAGAUACCGUGUUACCGGACUUGAAACGGGCAAAGCAGGAAUCCCCAACGCAUUUGGGCGAACCAAACGCUCAGAUCGCGAAGACCAAGGAAAAACACGAUUUACUCCCGUUGGAUACCCCUAAAGGCCAGUUUUCGCUGUUUGUCAAAGAAGACUUCCGCGAUCAUCUGUGUAAAUGUGUGGAAUGUUUUCCUUAUCUUAAAGUAAAUCCUCAGCUCCGUGAGGAAGAAGAUGUCUAUGAACCUCCGCUAUCUGAAGAUGGUGACGGUCAGAAUGCUAACACUAGUGCCGGCAGCAUUCACACAGGAAGUCUCCUGGACAGAGGUGAAGCUGCGCUCAGCAACUUGGACCGAGUAAAGGCAAUCGAAGGUGUUAUGGUUUACAAUCAUCUCCGUGACAAAGUGAAGGAAUUCUUAAAACCAUUCGCAGAGAGCGGUCAAGCAGUCGGAGCAGAAGAUAUCAAAUCCUAUUUUGAAAAACUGAGAGGUGAUGAUCGGGCAAUACAUGAGGCUGGUGGGAAACCCUCUACUUCACAUGGUGAAGAUGAUCCGGAGGAUGAUGAAAAAGGGGAUAAUCGAAGAGAACAAAAUGGUGAGUAG